GAUUUCUGUUCUCGAAUACUCUUCAUUUCUGGGUUGAAGGAGGAGAAAUGGAAGGGACCAAAGAGACCGGGCUACGCAACGUGGGCUCGCAUUGCUCAAUCUCCGACAAUGACGACUACGAUCUGUCUCGGCUUCUGGACAAGCCAAGGCUCAACAUUGAGAGGAAGAGGUCUUUUGACGAGAGGUCGCUCAGCGAGCUCUCCACUGGGCUGGGCAGGGUCACCCUUGAUGGCUUGGACAGCGCCUACUCGCCCGGGGGCCGCUCCGGGUUCAACACGCCGGCGUCGUCCGCCCGCCACUCCUUCGAGCCCCACCCGAUGGUCGGCGAGGCCUGGGAGGCCCUCCGCCGCUCUAUGGUUUACUUCCGGGGCCAGCCGGUUGGCACCAUUGGUGCCGGCGACCAUGCCUCCGAGGACGUCUUGAACUAUGAUCAGGUUUUUGUACGGGAUUUCGUACCGAGUGCUCUGGCUUUUCUAAUGAAUGGUGAACCAGAGAUAGUGAAGAACUUCCUGGUGAAGAACUUCCGGCUGAAGACGCUGCUGCUUCAAGGGUGGGAGAAGAGAGUAGAUCGGUUCAAGCUUGGGGAAGGUGUAAUGCCGGCUAGCUUUAAAGUUCUUCAUGAUCCUAUCCGGAAAACAGAUACCGUUGUUGCAGAUUUUGGUGAGAGUGCAAUUGGAAGAGUUGCUCCUGUUGACUCUGGUUUCUGGUGGAUUAUUUUGCUGCGUGCAUAUACGAAGUCAACUGGGGAUUUAUCCCUGGCAGAAACACCCGAGUGUCAAAAGGGAAUGAGGCUUAUAUUGACUCUCUGUCUGUCAGAGGGAUUUGAUACAUUCCCAACUUUGCUUUGUGCCGAUGGAUGCUCGAUGAUUGAUCGAAGAAUGGGUAUUUAUGGUUAUCCUAUUGAAAUUCAAGCUCUUUUCUUUAUGGCAUUGAGAUGUGCUUUGCAAUUGCUAAAGCAUGACACAGAAGGAAAAGAAUGUAUAGAGCGAAUUGUCAAGCGUUUGCAUGCUUUAAGUUAUCACAUGCGAAGUUACUUCUGGCUCGACUUCCAACAAUUAAAUGACAUAUAUCGUUACAAGACCGAGGAGUAUUCUCACACAGCAGUAAAUAAGUUUAAUGUGAUUCCUGACUCGAUCCCAUAUUGGGUAUUUGACUUUAUGCCAACACGUGGUGGAUACUUUAUUGGCAAUGUCAGUCCGGCAAGGAUGGAUUUUCGAUGGUUCUGUUUGGGUAACUGUGUUGCAAUUCUGUCUUCCCUUGCUACUCCAGAGCAAUCAAUGGCUAUCAUGGAUCUCAUUGAAGAACGUUGGGAAGAGUUGGUUGGGGAGAUGCCUUUGAAAAUAUCUUAUCCUGCGAUUGAAAGUCAUGAAUGGCGGAUUGUAACUGGUUGUGAUCCAAAGAAUACCAGAUGGAGCUACCACAAUGGAGGAUCUUGGCCAGUGCUUUUGUGGCUUCUAACGGCCGCUUGCAUUAAAACGGGGCGGCCACAAAUUGCAAGAAGAGCUAUCGAGCUUGCCGAGAGUCGAUUGCAGAAGGACAGCUGGCCAGAAUAUUAUGACGGAAAACUUGGUAGAUAUGUGGGUAAGCAGGCAAGGAAACAACAAACAUGGUCAAUUGCAGGGUAUUUGGUGGCAAAGAUGAUGCUAGAGGAUCCUUCGCAUUUGGGGAUGAUCUCCCAUGAAGAGGACAAACAGAUGAAGCCACUUAUUAAGAGAUCAGCGUCUUGGACUUGCUGAUAAAGUCGAUCAAGUACGUUAAAAUAGUGAAGAAGAAUUUGAGAAAACCAAAGGGUGAGCAAUCUUUUCAAUACAAGAGUACUAUUCUUUUUGUGGUUUGUCCUUGCACUUUUAAGGUUUGGUAUUGUGUACAAUAGUACCUGCCAUGCGGAGACUACUUUUUUCUCUUCAAAUAAAAGAUAUGUUUGAGACACGCUUUGAUUAUUUCCGUCUCAAGACUGUGACAGCAAUAUGCAAAUGGCAUUGCUGAUCAAUAACUUUUGUUAUUUGCUCCUUAUUCUUACUUUGAUGCAAAAUAGACUGAUUUUAUUGGAUAGACUUUUGAGUUAAA